AUGCUAGGUAGACUGGAUGUCUUCGGGAAGAACGUAUCGUCGGUCGAAGGUCCGGAGUGGAAGCGUCAUCGUAAAUUGGUUGCGAAAGCAUUCCAUGAGAAGGUAAACGAGGCUGUGUGGGCCGUGUCCGCCAAGCAAGUCAUUGCAGUUCUGAAUAAAUGGGUCAAUGCCCAGUGCGUUCAUACGACCCAGUCCGAUAUGACAACAUUGAGCGUGAACGUUCUUUUCGAAUCCUGCAUCGAUGCCAGCGAACGCAUUGAAGAAAACCGGCACAACGUUGAAUCUUGUCAGUACCACCUGACUGCAUUUCUGAAUGAUAUUGUGCGCCCUCGGCCUGUCGGAUAUCGGGAAAGACGAAAAAUUAAAGCAAACAUCAAGGCGCUUGGUUGUUGCCUAAACGAAAUUGUUGAGAACAGAUUAUCAUAUUCGGGUUCGAAUGUUCGAGCGGACUUGUUAUCCUUCUUGCUCAAUUCUGCAGACGACGUUGGCCUGGCGAACAGGGAAAUCACGGGAAACCUGUUCAUGGUCAUGUUUGCUGGACACGAGACUACUGCUAAUGCCUUGCUGUACAUUAUUUAUCUCCUAGCCAUUUUUCCCUCUUAUCAAGACUGGGCUAUCGAGGAGGUUGAUGGAAUAUUUGCCAAGACGAAGCCAUCCGACGGAGUGGACUAUAGUCAGACCUAUCCCCGCAUCGUCAGGUUGCGGGCGGUUCUGUACGAGACGCUGAGGCUCUACGGCCCUGUUCCUACUAUCUUCCGAACAACAAGCAGCAGUGAUCAAUUAGUUCGACUAUCUGAGGGGCAGCUUAUAGUCCCCAGGAAGACUCAAGUGAACAUCAGCGCUAUUGACAAACACUGCCUCGAAUGGGGAGACAAUCUGUCGAAGUAUUUGCGGUUCUCCUACAUCUGCUACGAAGGCACCGUGUUGAAAUCGUCCCUCAACCUGGCCAGGAUAUUAAGGAGGCUCAAAAGCAUGCCUAUUCCCUAA